AUGACAUGCGUUUGUGAGCCAUUUCCACGGCGACACAUGAAUAAUACUUUAUCCACUUUCUUUGAAUCAAUUAAAUCCUUAAGAUUAUUCAAUCCAUUUGACUUAUCGAUAACAUCUAACGUCAACCCGUCAAUUGGUAUUGAGUUUUCGGGUAUCAAUUCGUCUGGUGAACGAGUUAUGGGUAUUUGUAGUUCUAGUGGAUUAGCAACUUCAUCAAUAAUCCAAUCAAAUUCAUCUCGCAUCUUUGUUCCUGAAAAUUGGACAUUAGCCGAAGCUGCAACAGUUCCUGUUGUCUAUUUAACAGCUUAUUAUGGUUUGAUUUCUCGAGGAAAUUUACAAUCUGGUGAAAGUGUUUUAAUUCAUGCAGGUUCAGGAGGAGUUGGUCAAGCAGCUAUUUCGAUCUGUCUAUCAAGAGGUUGUCAAGUAUUCACUACGGUUGGAACACAAGAGAAAAGGGAUUUCAUUAAGAAACGUUUCCCCUCGAAAUUCGAAAAUAUGUAA